AUGGUCGUCUCCAGACAUGGUGACCACGGUGUGCCGGUCAACAGCACCCCAGCGGCUCUGGUCCACAGUGUGGCGGCUGAUGGUGGAGGUGGUCAAGAGUGGAGCGCCUGGCAGCGGCUUAGUGUUGGCUGGAGCUGCGUGGCAGCAAAGAGGCAGGGCUCUGGACAUGACAGCUCGCAUGUUUUCUCAGGGAAUCUGUCUCUCAGAAGCAGGAGGAAUGCUGAUUGCGGACUGAUGUACCUGACUGAGAUGUCCCAUGACUCGCCGCCUGCUCUGAGGUGA